UGGAGUUUAUUAAAGAGGAAGAGAGUGAAGAUAUAAAGAUGGUGUUUAUUAAAGAGGAGACUGAAGACAUAAAGAUGGAGUUUAUUAAAGAUGAGUCUGAAGAUAUAAAGAUUGAAGAAACAUUCAGUGUGAAACAUGAAGAUACUGAGGAACAAACAGACCUGAUGGCACUGAGAGAGGCGAGUCUUGAACUUAAUGAAAAAGAAGAGAAAAAAAAUUAUAAUUUGAUGACUAAAGAAAGAUCAAAACAGGUUUCCUCACAAAAAGGAGCUCAAAAGAUAGAAACUAAAAGUUAUUUAACCUGCCAACAGUGUGGAAAGACUUUUAAUCAACAUAGAAACCUUCAAGUCCACUUGAGAAUUCACACCGGAGAGAAGGCUUACACCUGCCAACAGUGUGGAAAGAGUUUCACACGUAAAGACAUGCUUAAAGUUCACAUGAGAAUUCACACUGGAGAAAAGCCUUUCACCUGCCAACAGUGUGGAAAGAGUUUCAGUCAAAAAGGAAGUCUUACAGCCCACAUGAGAGUUCACACUGGAGAGAAGGCUUACACCUGCCAACAAUGUGGAAAGAGUUUCACACAAAAAGGAAACCUUAAAGGCCACAUGAGAAUUCACAUUAAAGAGAACCCAUUUACCUGCCAACAGUGUGGAAAGAGUUUCAAUCGAAAAGCAAGCCUUAAAGUCCACAUGAGAAUUCACACUGGAGAAAAGCCUUACACCUGCCAACAGUGUGGAAAUAGUUUCCGUGACAAAGGAAACCUUACAGCCCACAUGAGAACUCACACUGGAGAAAAGCAUCAUACAUGUCGAGAGUGUGGAAAGAGUUUCAGUCGAAAAGAAGGCCUUAUAGUCCACAUGAAUAAUCACACUAGAGAGAGCCCAUUCACCUGUCAACAGUGUGGAAAGAGUUUCAGUCAAAAAGGACACCUUAAAGUCCACAUGAGAACUCACACUGGAGAAAAGCCUUACACCUGCCAACAGUGUGGAAAGAGUUUUAAUGAGACAGGAAACCUUAAAGCCCACAUGAUAAUUCACACUGGAGAAAAGCCUCAUACCUGUCAAGAGUGUGGAAAGAGUUUCAGUUGGAAAAAAAGCCUUACAGCCCACAUGAGCGCUCACACUGGAGAAAAGACUUAAAGUCCCCCUGUGGUCAAAUAUUUUAUCCCUUAAAACUCAUCUUUGAUCACCAAAAUGACAUAUUUUAAAAAAAAUUCAAGUGGAAAAAAAAAUUCUUUACGCCUUAAAAUAGCUUGUAAAUCCUUGUCUCAUUUAAUAUGCACGGAUCUAUGGAUAUGCAAAUUAGGCCCGCCUCCACUAGCUCAGCCGUUUUCCUCUGUGGACAUGCUAAUGGAUGUUUGACAGUUUCGUUGCUUUUAGUUUUCAGAUUUAAAAAAGAUGAAAACCUGCAGGCACCCGUGUCUUCUCCAUACAUGAAACAAAUGCACAUCCUUGAAUGAGCGUGAACUUCCAUCGUAUUUACUUGAACUUAUCAGGUAGGCUAAAAUUUAUAAUGGACUGACUAGCUCUCUGAACUUGAUGUGCGAGGACACACUGACUGAAUAUGCACAUGAAUCACGGUCACACGCUCAGAGCAAUAUUGUUUUAGCUAUGUUUAUAGUAUUAAAAUAUUUUGAAGGACAAAAACAUGAACUUUAUUGGCUUUACUUCAAGUCAGCUGUCACUUUACUUUGGCGCGAGCCCCUAUACGCUCACACACUUGGCACAGCCCUUGCGACAGUUCUGUCAUUAAUUAAUAUGAAUUAAUAUAAUUAGCCUUUUGCUUGACUACAUUAUCAAACAGCUAAUAAUGUGUUGCUAAUGUUACACACCGUUCCUGUUCUUCAUCUCAGAGUCAGGCAGCUGCCUUCUAACAAUCAGUAUCAUUACAAACGCUUUCAACAACUCAGAACGUCAGUGGAGAAAGGCUUAUAGUUCAUCAUAACAUCGUAAUAGACUCGCUAUAUUGAUAAAUCUACACAAUUUUUCAUAUCAACAGAAAAUAUACCAGGAUAACCUGGCUUCUCUCGAGACUUUCCUGUUUCAGAGCGGUCACAGUUAAUGAUAUGCUAAAGCCUGCCGGCACGUUGUUCUGAUUGGUUACAAGGUAGUCUGUGACGUCACAAACACCACCGAUUUCAAACCGCAGGUUUUUGGUUUACUGCAGUUUUAAACAUAAAAUACUCAGCAAUGGUGCUGACUUAUGAAUUUGCACAUGGUUUGUCUUAGAGCAUAUUAAAAACACUACAUAGACAUAUAAACAACAUUAAAAACUUGAUUUUCACCACAGGGGGUCUUUAACAACUGCUGCUGAUAUCAGAGCAAUUCACAAUUAAACACAAUAAAAUACUAACUCUGUUACACAAGUAUCGAAGAACUCUUACAUUAAGAAAAAAGAUAAGUAGAAAGAAUUGUCUUGAUUUCUAAAGAAAUAAAUCAAAACUAAGUGAGUUUUGGUCAAUCAAGCUCAUUUAUCUGCCAAUGGGGAAAAAUAAGAAAAAUAAUCUUCAUUCAAACCGAAAACAAGAUUAUUUUUACACCGCUGGUAUAUUUGAGAUUGUCCUUUAUUUAGAAAGCUCCCUUGUGUAAUCUGAAGCAGUUUGCUGUGUACAGCUGUGAAUUUUCACAACGGUACUCUUUGUUUACAUUAAUAAACUUGCAUAUUGGCUAUUUAUUAUUAGUACUUAUAAAGCACAACCAUAUUCUACAUCCCUUAAUCCUGAUACCUAAACAUAAACUCUACAGCAACUACCUUACUAACUUACGGUGACCAGGAGGGGACAUGUUCGGUUCACUUAGUUUUGUCGUGGCCACAUGAUGUAAAGUCGUGGCCUCGAGAUCAUGAGGGAAAGAUAUAUAUUGCAUUGUAAUUAUAUUGUAUUGUGCGCGAUGUUGCCACAGCGUUCAAAUGAAGUUUAUCAAUAAAUGUUUGCAUUGUACAUUUUUAAUCCAAGUCUUUUAAAUCCAUUCACUGAUUGUUUAUUUUUUUUAUUGUAAUAUUUUUAUAUUAUUAGUUAUUUAGCUAUUCAUUGUAAAUAUCAUUUCUCAUAUCUCUUUAUCUAAUUAGGCUACAUGGCAAAUUUUCUAGAGGAAAAAAAUACUAUAAUAAUACUGAAGGUUAAAUUAACUUAUUUAUAUACAAACACUUAAAUUACAUAUAUGCAGCGCGAGAUAUUUGAAAUGCUGUGGGUGGGAAGUGCGCGUGGUGCGGGAGAAAACGCCCGAGGUUCUGGGGAUUCCUGCAUUAUAAUAUUGAGUUAAGUUUUUGAAUUAAUAUUUGUCUUCUUUUAUUUGUCUUUGACAUCUUAGCUCUGAUUUGAUGUAUAUGUUUGCCCAAAAUGAUGAUCCAAAUCUGUAAGUAAAGACUUUGUGAGCUAACGUUACAUUUGCCUAACGUGGUGUUUUGCUUCGUCCAGGGAAAGAUGUUAGGAUUUUUUUUUUUAGUAUAAAUCAUGAUUUUAGUAGAAAUAGUAGAUUAUAAUAGUAGUAUUUGCACAACUAAUUAAUUGACCUAGCAAACAACUUUCGACCACUAAUAAUGCUGUAAAAAUGUUUCUCCCCUUAGGACCUAAAGCUUUUCAAUGUUUUUUGAUGACUGAGGACACUUUUGAAAUAUAUGGUAAUUUCUAUUAAAAAAAAAAAAACUGAUAUAGUUGUUAAUGAAUUACUAAUGUUGGAUAUGAGUAAAAUCCAUGUUGUUUAUUGACUUGCAUAUUAUCCUCUUAAACAAAUUUAGACUUGAAAUUAUCCAAACCAGAUCUUCAUCAAAGGAUUAGUUCACUUUCAAAUUAAAAUUUCCUGAUAAUUUACUCACCCCCAUGUCAUCCAAGAUAUUCAUGUCUUUCUUUCUUCAGUCGAAAAGAAAUUAAGGUUUUUGAUGAAAAAUCCUGGAAUGUUUUCUCCAGAAAAAUCUUUUGUAAUAAUUGUGUUUCCCCCUUGGGAAAAGACAGAAGGUGAGUAACAGCAAAUUUUCAUUUUUGUGUUUUUAUUUUCAGACUAAAUUAUAAAUGCAACCAGUGACUAAUUCAGAUGUUUCUUAAUUGCAGAUCUAGCUAGUCAUUAAUACAAAUUAUUUUAGUUUUGUAAAAAAAAAAUAAAAAUAAAAAUUGUCCUAUUCUUUGCUGUCACAUAUCUGCACAUAAUCUGAUUCCUUAUUAGAUUAUUUUUCUAAUUAAAAAAAAAAAAAUCUGAAUAAUCACAAUUGCUUUAUCACAGACUGAAAACAUUCACCUGAGAAGAGUGUCCUGUAGGCCCUUUUUUCCUGAGAGAAAGUCCUGAAGACAUCAUCAACGAGUACCUUGUGGAUAGCCAGACAGAUGAUUGUGAGGGUGACCUUCAGCAGCUCUUCGUGAUGGUGGUCAUUAUUCUGAAGGAAGGGGAGAACUUCAUGAACCAAAUGAAAUCACCCUUAACACAUCUUUAGUUAAGCAUCGUGAGAUAUUGCCUGCUACAAUCUCUUCUGAUGGUGGUUUUCUAAGGGCUUGAUAACGGUAAUCACUCACACCAUGUCUAAGGAUUUUAGCGAUUUUGCCCCUUCAUAAAUAUUUGACCUGUCUGAAUUUGUCACUUUUUUAUGUGUAUUAUCUUCUUUACAGGCUACAAAUACAGUAAUUUUUUUGUGAUUUUGUUGGGUUUUUUAUUGUAAAUGUAUAGACUGCUGCACGGCCUUUAAAGGUGCAGGUGGCACGCGCUCUAAAGAAAGGCAGAGUUCGUUCCUGACUGUUUUUGCAUUCAGCAUGUUGGUCCUUGAAGCAGAGCACACAACAAGAACUGAUCUCAGUAAAUUCUUUGUAAAGGACAUCUGUCCAUGGUCUCUGGAGUUGGUUUGAACCAUGCUUUAUUUUUUCCCAGCUCUCUAAUUUUAUUGCUAUACUGAAAUUUGUUGGACCUGGUGUUGUGGCCCUCAACUCUUCAUUGUUUCUGUUAUGUUCAUGUUCCUUUUCAUCUUCAUUUUCAGAAUAUGUGGACAAUGAAAUCAAGUCACUCUCCUUGCUUUCUGACUUCAAAUCCAAACCGUUUGUAUUUAUUUUGAGUUAUGUUCAUCAUCAGUUUCACUACACCUUUGUUGUUCCAAAACAAUGUGUUCUGUCUGGUCAGAAUAAUAACAUUAAUAACUAUUGAUUUUUAUAACCAAAUGAAUCAAUACUAAAUUUACUUAAAGAAAAUAGUGUCAUUGUCCAGCUUAAGAGCUGCUGUGCAGUCAAAAUUAUGUACCAGUCAUCACAGUAAAGCUGUUUUGACACUAUCUGCAUUGUAAAAAGAGCUAUAUAUCAAAAAAUAAAUAUGACAUACUAAAUAUCUUAUGUCAAAUGCAACCAUGGCAAGUGAAGAAAACUCCAUGAGAUGGAGAUACUGGAGGAAGAAACCUGGCAACUCUGGGGGACCAGUCCUCUAGAUAUUUUGUCUGAACAUAUGAACAGUGACAAACAGUUGUUACUAAAGGCUAUUUUUCCUCAUAUGCUUUCAUUAUUAAAAACUCAUGUUUUGAUUAAAGACAUUUUAUUCAAAUAUAGACAUAGACUGCAUGUAGAUUUAAGAUUAAAACUCUCUUCAAUAGAAAAAAAACAUACCCUUCUGCGAGUUACUGUUUUUAAUGUUGAUCAUAUUAUACUAGCAAGAAUAUUGCCAAAUAUAUACUAUCCUGAAUAUUGAUUUUAUACAACAGUUCAACACACAAAAAGGUAAUAUUAAGUGAUGUACAUUUUAAACAGUAUUGUCAGUAUUUUUGCUCUAUUUUGCAACGAAAGCCACAGCAGAGCAGCACACAAGCUGUUCCGUGAACAAAUCUGCAGCUUUGAACGAAUCGUCAAUGAAUCAAUGAUCCAUUUAUAAAUACAGCCGCUUGCUUUAAUACUGAAAGAGUGAAUGACUCAGUGAUUCACUCAUAAAAACAGUGACUUACCGCCACCUAGUGGAGGCUAAUGUAAUAUUUAAAAGUAUUACUUCGUUUUUAUCAUUGUAUUUAUUUAAUUUUUUUAAAAAUUUUAAGGCAUUAUUAAUUUUACAAAGGGAUUUAUAAAAGGUAAAAAAAAUGCACUAGAAAAAUCAAUUUAAGAAGGCAAAUAUUGUCCCUUAAUGGAAAUGUUUAACUGCAGUCUAAGUGGAAAAGAGUGGGUACACAGAAGGAUGUUAAAUCCCUCAGGGGGUACGACACUCUAGAAAGUUUGAGAACCACUGAAAGAGGAAUGUAGAACUGCACAAGUACUACUGCUAAGAGUGCAAUGCCAAUACAGUCUGUUACCUUGAUUCAAAUUUUUCAUAAGCUUAAAUGAAUUGGUCUAAAGAGAAAAAUUAUGACUAUUUUGUCUAAAGACUACAUAUAAAAUAGCUAUCAAAAUAUUAAUGUUGGUAACUGUAGUUUGACUAAAAGAAAUGACCAGUCCCAGCGCCAUGGGCAGGCAUUGGGGGCCUGGCCCGCCCUGUGAGUCACUAGUGCCCGCCCUGGACGAGCCUGCUGUCUCCCUUCACCUGUUCACCAGCUCUACGUCCCACCAACUACCAGUCUUCGCUUAUUUGCACAAUAUAUAUAUAUAUAUAUAUAUUUUUUUUUUUUUAUCAAUAGGCUACUGUUAUCAAAAGUUAUUGUUUUGUAUAUACAUAACUCCUGAAUAAAAAUAAAAAUGUG